AUGAGUGUAAAACCAGUAAAACGGAAAAUUGAUAGUAAGAACAGAAUUUACAAAGAAAGUUGGGAGAGUGAUUACUUGAUUGUUAACAAUAAUGGAAAGUUGCAGUGCUUAGUGUGCAUGAAUGUCGUUGCAGUGCCUAAAGAAUAUAAUGUGAGAAUACAUUACACAACAGUGCAUGAAAACAAGUAUGCUACGUACACAAAUAAAAGUCGGCGUGCCCUAGUUGCAGAUUUGAAGAAAAAGCUUAAAGAGCAAACUGGUAUGUUCAGUAAAAUAUUGCACUCUCAAACGCAUUCUUUGCAUGCAUCUUAUGCCGUAUCGCUUGAGCUUGCAAAGGCAAAAAAACCUUUCACUGAUGGCAAUUUGAUAAAAAAAAAGUGCCACUUUCACAUCAAACCAUACAAAAAAGUAUUGUUGCUAUGGGUGAGCAAGUAG